AUGGUUCUCAAGAACCCAUCAAACACUAUCAUACCUAAGCUUGUAUAUGGCACGGCAUGGAAGAAGGAUCGAACGGCUGAUCUGGUGUAUCAAGCUUUGAAAGCUGGCUUCAGAGGCAUUGAUACAGCAGCUCAGCCUCGUCAUUAUCAGGAGAAUUUGGUUGGUGAUGGCAUUAGAAGGGCAAUCAACGAGGGGAUAGUAAACCGAGAAGAGCUUUAUAUCCAAACGAAGUUCACACCCCUUUCCGGUCAGGAUCCCAACAAUAUGCCAUAUAGCACCUCCCAGACCCUGGAAGAAAGAAUCCACACAUCGAUUGCCUCUUCAUUCGCCAAUCUUCAGACAUCCACCAAUCCGGAAGAUACGUACAUCGAUUGUCUUGUACUUCAUUCCCCCUUGCCAAGCAUUGGAGAAACCCAGAAGGCCUGGGAAGUUUUCUCCUCCUACGUCCCACAUAAGAUUCGCGCACUAGGUAUCUCUAAUACCUCCUAUGCCAUUCUCGAAUCUUUAUACAAUGAGAUGCCGAUUAAGCCAGUGGUGGUCCAGAACCGCUUCUACGCAGACACGAACUGGGAGGUGCCUCUCAGGAGGUUCUGCAGGGAGAGGGGGAUUGUUUUCCAGUCCUUCUGGACGUUUACGGGCAAUCCGAGGAUGAUGAGGACCAAACCUAUCAUAGAUUUGGCCACAGAACUGAGUAUAUUGGGAGUUAAGGAUGCUGAGGUAGUGUCGUUGUACGCUUUGGUCCUUGGGUUGGGAAAUGUCACUGUCUUGGAUGGAACGACGAAAUUCGAGAGAAUGAAGGCAGAUUUGGAGGGCCUCGAGUUAGCCAGCAGGUGGGCUGGUGGCGAAGGGAAGGACAGGUGGGUUCAAUGCUUGAAUGGAUUCAAGCAAUUGAUUGGGGAGAAUGAGAUCUGA